UUUAUUGUAUAGGAGGAUUUAUGGUCUGGCUGGUUCUUGUGGUUUGGGAUGGCCCUCUUAAUCUAAUCUAAUUCUAAUGUUAAUCAUAAAAGUGAAUAGUUGACAACUUUCUGGCAUCAGUUUAGUGAAGUAAAUCAAUAUUAAUAAUGUAUUAUAUUCCUAUUUUAUGCAUGUAAUGGGAUUAUGAGCAUUUAUUGUAUUUGGUUUGGAAGCUAACGAAAGCUAUAGCUAUUUUAAUCAUUGUCAGCAUUUUGGCUCUUUCUUUCUGGCAAUUAAAAUUUCAAAAUCUGUUUAUAUUUCCCCAGAACUCCAGGAUGCUAUGUGUAAAUGAUGGACUGUUCCUUAAGCCUAUCGGGUCCUUCAGCGCUUUGGUCACCGUGAUCCUCCUUCUACUGGCUGAAUGUAGAGGCCAGUCCCAGGGGGUUGGACCAGCUCAAACAAUAGUGACUUUACUUGGUGAAGACGUCACGUUGCCAUGCCACCUGGAACCUGCAGCUGAUGUUUUUUCCAAGAGUGUGGAGUGGGGGAGACCUGACCUGGACCCCAGAUUUGUCCACGUGUGGCAUGAAGGUCAAAACUUUCUGGUCAACCAAAACCCGUCUUACAAAGGAAGAACAUCGCUGUCCAUCGAGAACCUGAGGCAGGGAGACCUUUCACUGAGACUCUCUGCAGUGAAACUCUCCGAUAAUGGACUGUACAGAUGCUACUUUCCCUCACAGGAUAAAACAUCUACUGUUGAGCUCGUUGUUGGUUCUUACGCCUCACCGGUCAUAGCUGGGAUUAACAUAGACAGCAGUGGAGUGGUU